AUGGUCGAUUGUUGCUUCUACGCUGUUAUCGGAUGUGUGCUGGAGAAACCCACCCCCUUCCCGGGACCGAGACCGGGCCUCGGCGGGCUCGUCUCCCACAAAGCUGCAGGGGCCAAUUCGAUUUCCCUACCGACGGCACUCAGAAAGAACAGAAAGAACGGCCACCAUUGUACCGGUAGGCGAACGGCCAAAAACGGCUCCGGCUCCAAGCAUCUGGACCGGCUAGGCGCAACGCAGGACGGGCUCCACCCGCAUUACCGCGGAACAUGGCGGGCUUUGGGGUUCGUCAAUCACCAUUCAUCCCAUCACACAGCAUGCAAGGUACGAUCUCAAUCUCGACCGCCCACAGGGCUAGCGUCAUGGCGGCUGAAGAGCACUGACAGUCGCUAG